CAGUAGGCAUCGAGUAAUUCGGCGCUGAAAAGGAAGAAGUAGCAGUGAUACAAACUAAGCAGUUAGCUAGGGCAGCAGCAGUUUACAUUAAAACAGCGUAUACUUAGUUACUUUGCCCUGGAGCACCGUGACAAAACGCAGAGUCUGGGACAUGGCGGAUAAAGAGGUGUAUGACGAUGCAGUGGAGGAAAGGGUCAUCAAUGAGGAGUACAAGAUUUGGAAGAAAAACACACCUUUCCUGUACGACCUGGUGAUGACUCAUGCUCUGGAGUGGCCCAGCCUUACUGUGCAGUGGCUUCCAGAUGUCACCAGGCCAGAGGGGAAGGACUACACCGUUCACAGACUGGUUUUGGGGACCCAUACGUCAGAUGAGCAGAACCACCUUGUGAUUGCCAGCGUCCAGGUACCAAAUGAUGACGCCCAGUUCGAUGCCUCGCACUAUGACAGCGAGAAAGGAGCAGAGUUCGGUGGAUUCGGUUCAGUAAGUGGGAAAAUAGAGAUCGAGAUCAAGAUCAACCAUGAAGGAGAGGUGAACCGAGCCCGCUACAUGCCCCAGAAUCACUGCAUUAUCGCCACCAAGACGCCCACCUCUGACGUGCUGGUGUUCGACUACAAUAAGCACCCGUCUAAGCCAGAUCCCAGCGGGGAGUGUAGUCCUGACUUGCGGCUGAAAGGGCACCAGAAAGAAGGUUAUGGCCUCUCCUGGAAUCCCAACCUCAGCGGCAACCUGCUCAGUGCCUCCGAUGACCACACCAUCUGUCUAUGGGACAUCGGAGCAGGCCCAAAGGAAGGGAAGAUUGUGGAUGCUAAGACCAUCUUCACCGGCCACACAGCAGUGGUGGAGGACGUUUCCUGGCAUUUGCUCCACGAAUCCUUGUUUGGCUCGGUGGCUGACGACCAGAAGCUCAUGAUAUGGGACACUCGGUCCAACAACACAUCCAAAGCCAGCCACGCAGUGGAUGCUCACACCGCUGAGGUCAACUGUCUCAGUUUCAACCCCUACAGCGAGUUCAUCCUUGCCACUGGUUCUGCUGAUAAGACUGUUGCAUUGUGGGAUCUAAGGAACCUCAAACUGAAGCUCCACUCCUUUGAGUCCCACAAAGAUGAAAUUUUCCAGGUACAGUGGUCUCCUCACAAUGAGACCAUCCUGGCCUCCAGCGGCACCGACCGGCGUCUCAACGUCUGGGAUCUCAGUAAAAUCGGUGAGGAGCAGUCAGCAGAAGAUGCUGAGGAUGGGCCCCCGGAGCUGCUGUUCAUCCACGGUGGCCACACAGCCAAGAUCUCUGACUUCUCCUGGAACCCCAAUGAACCCUGGGUCAUCUGCUCAGUGUCCGAGGACAACAUCAUGCAAGUCUGGCAGAUGGCGGAGAACAUCUACAAUGACGAGGAGCCAGACAACACCCCCGCAUCAGAGCUGGAGGCUCAGGGAUCAUAACCCCGCUGUGCAUGAGUCUCUGUGCAGGCACAACCCCCUCCUCAACUCCCUGAGCUCCAGACCCAGCCUAGCCUGUCGUUUCCCUCUCUGGCUUACCUCGAGUGCAAAAUGAAAAGUGUGCCCUCCACGUGGAUGUGAAGGGUUGGACACAGCAUGGACAACAACCUUGCUAACAGACAGUAGCAUUCAGUCUCAUCCUGCUUCCACUUCAACAUGGCCCAGGUACCCAAAAGCACUUAAGCACUUGGAAUAGGAUAAGAGUUGACAUUGUUACCUGCUCAGGUGGUAGUAUCUCCAGUGUUGGGGGGGACCUUAUGUGCACAAGGUCCACUGUAAGUUAUUCAGACCAGUUCAUUUUAAAAGGGCUCAUGCAUGGAAAAUAUUAAAGUGUUAUUCUACAUUUUGACUUCUGAGUAGCCAGAAAACCACUAGAAUAGUAGGCGUCCCUAAAGAUGGAAAGGAAACCCAGACAAUAGAAGAUUAUCUGAACACUGAAAUGCUUUUGGGAAACCUGAUGUACAUCUGUCCAAACUAUGUGAAACCUAACGAUGGAAAUAUCCAGGAAAACCUUCUUUCAUACCUUAUUUUCUUACUCGUGGCUGUCUUUUGCAAAAUCUCUUCCUUGGCUGACCUUUGAAGAAACAUUCCCUGCUGUUUGCCUCCUGUCCAUAAGGUACACAAACUCUUCAGUAUUUGGCUUGAGUAGAAGGUGAGGGACUUAAUUAGUGCACUUGAGGGACACGCACAUCUUUUUCCUCUCCUUUGUGUUCUUAAAUAAUGUGAAAUUGUUUUGUUUCCUGCACCACAAAUUGCAAUAAAACUUUUAUAACUUUUCAAAACUAAGUUUCGCAUUUAUGUAAAUCUGAAUGUUUUCUGUGACCAAGGUCAGGCUGAACAAUCUCAUUAGUACACAUUUUGAGAAACUGCACACAAAUGACAUCUUCCACCCACUUUACUCACACUCUGAGAAAAUGACACAAGACCCAAUAAUUACUUGGAGGAAAUAAAUCCAGUUAUUGCAAAUUCUACAAAAUGUUUAUUGAAAAGUAAGACAGGACUAUAAGAACAUUGUACAAUCAAAGAGGGGGGUGGGCUCAUUAUUUUUUAGUAAAAAAUAAAGCUCUCCGAAGCUA